AUGGCUGUCGCAACCACAUCCACCAACGGUGCCAUCGCGAGCACCUCUACCGCAGCACCAUCACCCACGCUCUUUGUCAAGAACAUCGAAGGCAAGAUCAAAAAGCCAGAGCUACGUUCUCAGCUCCUCUCGCUAUUCAGCACCUACGGCCGCAUACUCGACAUCGUCGCAACCCGCGCACCUUCCAUGCGAGGUCAGGCAUUCAUCGUAUUCGAAAACGUAUCCACCUCCACCGCUGCCUUACGCGCACUCCAAGGCUUCCCCUUCUACGGUAAAUCCCUCCAGAUCGAGUACUCUACCGGCUCCAAAUCAAAAGCACUGCUCCGGCGAGAGCUCGGAAGCGAUGUACUGCUGGAACAGGAGCUGGAACAGAGUAAAGUGAGCAGCAGCAGGAGAGGUGAGAAACGCGCACUCGGGUUGCCAGAUGACGACGACACUGAAGAGGUUACGGAAGAGGUGGAGGGAGAGGAGAGAGAUGCAAGAAAGAGGGUCAAGACGGAAGGCGUGGUGUUGAGAGCAAAAGGCGUUCCGAGCAGCGUAGAGGCGCAUGUGUUGGAGACCCUAUUUCAGUCACGUUCAGGAUUCGUCGAGGUCAUCGUUGAAGAUGCCGUCAAAACGGAGGACGGAGAGGAUGCUGGUUGGACAGCAGCGAUCAGGUUCGAGACAAGAGAUAAUGCCGAGUCGGCAAGAUCCGCUCUGCACGCCGUACAGUUGGAUCCACUGUACAAGCUCGAUCUAGAACUGCUCUAG